AUGCCUGAUUCUGCGAAACGUCUCACGUCGUCGCGUGCGAUGACAUUUCCCGUCGCGUGCGACGCCUGGUUCCUGUCGCCCGCCGUCGCAGGUGCUGCUGGGCGACGUGGCGUGGGACACGUACGUGACGGCGAAGCUGAUCACGGGCACGGACUUCCAGCUGCUGCGCCGCUACGACCACCGCUCCAAGGAGGUCCAGGCCGCGCUGCUCGAAGAGGCAAGCGCCCAUUCCCCACUCCCCUUCCACGCUACGACCACCGCUCCAAGGAGGUCCAGGCCGCGCUGCUCGAAGAGAACGGCGUCGGAUACGUGCGCACGUUUAUAUCCGUACUGAAGAAUGUAUUCAAAGAGGAGACCGUGGAGUACACCAUUGCUCUCAUCGACGAGCUUUUAACAAGGGACAAGAAGAGGGCGCGCUUGUUCCACGAUCCAUCCAUAACGGACGAUGUCUAUGCGCCCUUCAUCAGACUGUUGGGGCACACCAACUGGUUCGUGCUGGAAGCCACGUCGCGGAUUCUGCCCCUCAUCAUUGUCUCUCGCCCGCACAGCUCUUCCGCGCCUGCAGCAGCAGCAGGGGCAGAGACGCCCGCGUCCCCCCCAGCAGGCGACAUAGACUACGUGCUUGAGCCCUUCAUUGCCUUUCUCUGCCACCAGCUGACUCGCCCGGUGCACCCGGUGCGGGCAAUGCCAGCAGCCAUAACAGCGCUGGCCACCACACUCAGGGACGUGUCGGCUCGCUCCAUCUUUGCCAAGGCGGAUGGCGUGCGCCUGCUGCUGCCCUACAUUGCACCCGUGGCUGGCCAGAACCAGAUGCAGCUGCUGUACGAGGCGGUGCUGUGCCUCUGGCUGCUCUCCUUCCACGAGCCUUCCCUGGAGGCCAUUCGCCAGGCGCGCAUUCUGCCGCGCCUCAUUGACGUUGCCAAGAGCUCCGCUAAAGAAAAGAUAGUGCGAGUGGCAGUGCUCACUCUCAGCAACCUGAUGACCCGCGGGCACCUGGGGGCAUCCAUGGUGGAGCUGGGGCUGCCCAAGGUCGUGCAGAGCCUCAAGCUGCACGCGUGGCACGACGAGGACCUGAAGGAGGCUCUUGAGGCGCUGGACGUGGGGUUGAGGCACAACCUGCGCGUGAUGAGCUCGUUCGACAAGUACCGCCAGGAGGUGCUGUCGGGCUCGCUCGACUGGACGCCCAUGCACAAGGACGCGGCAUUCUGGCGCGAGAAUGUCAUGCACUUUGAGGAUAAUGAUUUCCAGGUGCUGCGAGCAUUGGUGGCCUUACUCGACACAAGCCACGAGGCAAAGACUUUGGCAGUGGCGUGUCACGACCUGGGCCAGUUCAUCACAUACCAUCCGGCGGGGCGGGGAGUGGCGCAUGACAUGAAGGGCAAGGAGCGAGUGCUGCGCCUGCUGGACCAUGCUGACCCCGACGUGCGCAAGCAGGCCCUGCUGGCCGUGCAGAAACUGCUGCUGUCUGCCAAGUAUGGAGUAGCGGGAGCAGGGCGGGGCAGGGCGGGGCAGGGCGGGGGGUGGCGGGGAGUGGCGCACGACAUGAAGGGCAAGGAGCGAGUGCUGCGCCUGCUGGACCAUGCCGACCCCGACGUGCGCAAGCAGGCCCUGCUGGCCGUGCAGAAGCUGCUGCUGUCUGCCAAGUAUGUCUCGUAUCUGCAGUGA